GAAAUAUUAUUUUUGAAAUUUGGCCUGCCUGCUAAAAAGGUUGGCCACCCCUGGUCUAAUAUUUCUUCAGGUAGGAGUUUAUCUCUUUUUAAUGAUCAAUGGAAUGGAAAAACGAAUAUUUCUCUUGAAGAGAGUGAAAAAAUCCUAACGAAAAUUCCUGAUGACAAUGAAAAAGGAUAUAUAUUAGAAGUUGAUCUGGAAUAUCCUAAAGAAUCACAUGAUUAUCAUUCUGAUCUACCUUUAGCUCCAGAGAAUAAGAUACCAGAUGGAUCAAAACAAACUAAAUUAUUAACCACAUUAUAUGAUAAAAAUAAGUAUGUGCUUCAUUAUAGAAAUCUUAAACAAUAUUUAAAAAUGGGGAUGAAACUUAAAAAGAUACAUAGAGUAUUAGAAUUCAAACAAUCAGAUUGGUUAAAGAAAUACAUAGAUCUGAAUACUGAAAUGCAAACCAAAGCAACUAAUGAUUUUGAAAAGGACUUUUAUAAAUUAAUGAACAACUCUGUGUUUGGUAAGACAAUGGAAAAUAUAAGAAGUCGUGUUGACAUAAGAUUAUGUUGCGAGGCUAAAAAAGUAGAAAAAUUAAUUGCUAAGCCAAACUUUAAACAUCUAAUCAUAUUUACCGAAAACCUAUGUGCUAUUCACAUGUAUAAGAAA